AUGUCGUCGUCGUCGUUGAUGGAGCACGACGAGCAGGUGUCGCCUCAGGUGUCCGAGGGCGGCUGCACCUGCAGCAGCAGCGGCUCCCUCAACGCGUCGUCGCCGAGCUCCAGCGACGACUCCGGCGGCGGCGGCAAUGGCAAGCAGGGCACGAAGAAGCGGCCGCGCAGGGACCUGAAGCACCCGACGUACCUCGGCGUGCGCAUGCGGAGCUGGGGCAAGUGGGUGUCGGAGAUCCGGGAGCCCCGCAAGAAGUCCCGGAUCUGGCUCGGCACGUUCGACGACCCGGAGUCGGCCGCGCGCGCGCACGACGCCGCCGCCGUCGCCAUCAAGGGCCGCGCCGCGCACCUCAACUUCCCCGAGCUGGCCCACCAGCUGCCCCGCGCCGCGUCCGCGGCGCCCAAGGACGUGCAGGCCGCCGCCGCGCUCGCUGCGGCAGCUGUGGCGGCUGCUUCACCCGUCGUCCCGUCCUCCUGCGCCCACGGCCACGGCCACGCCCACGACGAUGCCGACACCGAGACGGAGGAGCUGCCGCCGCCGCCAGAGCGGGCAAUGCCGGAAGAAUGCGACACUGAGAACCAAGCUCACCUCGACCAGCUCGGUGGCGACGUUGACAUUGGACUGGGCUGUACGUUCUUGGACGUGCCAGACGCUCUUCUAGACUUCGGGUACAUGUUGUCGCCGCUGCCGCUGCCGUCUUACUGUGGCUCGCCGUGGGAUGACAUCGCCGAUGACCUCUGCUUCGAGGAGCCCUUGCUGCUUUGGGAACAUUGA